AUUUAGUUCUGUUCGUAAUUUUGACGUAAGGCUGUGAUAAUUUAGGAAUGGGGAAUUCGGGAAGUAAGCAAUGGCGAGAUCCUGGACCGGAUAAAUGGACAGAAGAAACUGUAGACAACUUGAAGGAAAAUAUAACGAAGCUGGAUGCGGAAGAAGGAUCCAGAACAAAAGGAAACAUUUUGCUAUGUGGUCCAAACCAGUCAGGAAAGUCAUCAUUUUUGAACUCGGUUAUAGGAAUUCGCAAAAACAGACCUGUUCAUGUAACCCAUGCAGGGUCAACAGCUGCAGCUGAUUCUACCUUAACAAGAACGUACAUACGUGUGCGUGGAGGAGCUGUUUUCAACAAUUAUCGUCUCAGCGACGCACCUGGUCUAUUGGAACCAAGAGGAGAAGGACUUAACGUUGAGGACAUUGUCUCUCUUGUACAAGGCAAAAUUAAACAAGGAUAUGUUUUUGUAGACGGAUCACCAAUCGAAAAUGAGAAUGAAUUUUUCAAUAGCGCUCCAACAGAAGAAGACAAAAUUCACUGUCUGGUUUUUGUAUUUGAUGUCAAUUUGCUUGAAACUGUAACUGGGAGAUACCAGGCAAAGAUACGAAAAAUAAUGGAGCAGAUGAGUUUGAAAGGAAUUCCGUACGCCAUGGUUCUGACAAAGAUUGAUCUGUUUGAUACAUACGUGAGGGACCAUGUUAGUUACAUUCAUCAAAGUUUUAAAGUUGGGAAGGCCGUGGAAGAUGCAUGCAAGAAGUUUGGCAUUCAAGAGAGAAGCAUAUUUCCUGUCAUCAACCUUGUCAAAGAAAUUGACAUAAAGCCACUUGCAAAUAUUUUGCAUCUCAUUGCUAUGAAAAAUAUCCUCGGCUAUACACGAGAUUUUCUCGACGAGAGACAAUAGAAUACAAACCGAACAUGGUUUAUUUUUAUCAAAGCGAGUUGUUGGAAGAUGUUGUGAGAGUACACACAGUGAAUGAUUUCUACUUUGCAAAAGUUAAGAAAUAUUCUAUUGUAUGAAAAUACUCAUGAAUGCGCGUGUCCAUCUUACCUUGGCUAUUCACUAUUUGUACAGCAUUUAGAUGAAAAAUUUAUACCUUAACUCCAAGGCAAGAGUUCUGCAAUAUUUUUACAUAAUUUAUACAAAAUGUAUAAUAUAGCAAUCAUAUUAGAAAUUUUGCAGUAUCACGUAGAAAACAGUCAUAUAUAUUUCACUAUAUAGGUACUUCUGUAACUUUCGAGAUAUAUCGUUCAUACUUUCUUUAAACUGCACAACGCAGAAAAUGGAUAUUAUAUAAAACAUGAAAGUCAUACAUUGUAUAAAAGUCAUAUAUCUGACAUUUUAUUCUUAAUUUCUAUGUGUGGAAACGAUCAUUUACUUAACAUAAAUGCAUUGUCGAUAAAACGACCAUUAUUCUUAUUUCGACUUUAUUCUUACAAUUUAAGGUCCACAAAAUAUAAAACAUGUUCGGCCUUAUCCAAUUCCUAUCUGGAAUAAAUUGUUUUCGCAAAUUAUUAUAAAUUCA